ACUACUACACCAACCAAAUUCAUUGACUGAACUACCACAAGUCCUCUAUAUAAACUGCAAGAGCCCUAGAAUUUUUGGAUUUGUAGAUUCUUCGAUCCAUUCAAUCUCACCUGCCUUCUCUUUCAGCCGUCCAAGGGGUGUUCUGAGAUCACAAGAUGGUGAAGGCUGUGGCUGUUCUUGGAAGUAGCGAGGGUGUUAGUGGAACUAUCUUUUUUUCCCAAGAAGGAGAUGGUUCAACCACUGUGACGGGCAAUGUUUCUGGUCUCAAGCCCGGGCUUCAUGGAUUCCAUGUUCACGCUUUAGGUGACACAACCAACGGCUGCAUGUCCACUGGGCCACAUUUCAACCCUGCUGGAAAACAGCAUGGUGCUCCUGAGGACGAGAACCGCCAUGCUGGUGAUUUAGGGAACAUUAUCGUUGGUGAAGAUGGCAAAGCUAGCUUCACCAUUACCGACAAACAGAUUCCUCUCUGUGGACACGACUCCAUUAUUGGAAGGGCUGUUGUGGUUCAUGGUGACCCUGAUGAUCUUGGCAAGGGUGGACAUGAACUCAGCUUAACUACAGGAAAUGCUGGUGCCAGAGUAGCCUGUGGCAUUAUUGGUCUGCAAGGUUGAAAUUUGUUGCCGUUGUAUCAAAGCAGUGCUCUCUAGUGCUUCCAGGAAGAGUCCUAAACUCUUGUGCAUGAAUAAAAACACAGCACUGGAUCGUUUUGUUUACGAUGAUUAGAUCUUUUACUUAUCUGUUCGUGUCUACUGUUUUCUUAUUAUAUUUCUGGACUUUUUAGUUUUUUCUAUUUCUGAAUCGUAACCAUAAAAAAUAAAAACUAGGAAGCUUUCACAGGUAACAAGGAAAAAUCUUUCAGCUGCUUCAAGCAACCAAAGAGGAAACCUACUAGUUGACCCAAUAAUGUAAAAGCAGCGUAUUCAUUUCCA